AUGCGCCCGACAUCAACAACAACAAAUUGGUCUUCGACACGUCCAAACUCAUCUAUCCCCUUCUCCAGACCUGUUACAGCUCAAUCACGGCCGCGUACCGCCCAAUCGACGCGUCCCGGAACCGCGGCGCAGCGUCCAACGACGGCUGCGUCGUCGCACCAUGACGGUACUUUUGUAGUUGCUGUACUUGAGUGUCGUGGAAUUGGUCGUGAGAUUGGUAUUGCUGCUAUGGAUAAGGAGACGGGGCAGCUGACUGAUUGUCAGACAUAUGUCAAGACGCUGCAUCACUUGCAUCUGCACUACCCGACAACUGUGCUUGUUCCUGAUACUUUCUUGACUAACGUCGAUUCGUCUACGACGCUCUCUUCUGCGAGGGCAAGGCAAUCGACGAGUAGUCCUCCUGUGCUGGUUCAGUGUAUCCAAGAAGAAUUCCCGGGCGCCUCUAUCGAACCUGUUUUAAGAAAGUAUUGGAAUGAGGAAUAUGGCCUCCAAUUUAUAAAUCAACUAUGUGCCGACAACGAAGACAGAGCUGCUACUCUUUUAGCUGCUUCAUCGAAGUAUUACGCCCUUUCAGCCGCAUGCGCACUAUUCAAGUACGCGGAAAUGAGACUAAAUACUCGUUAUUCUGCACAUUCUCUUCGGAUUCGCUAUACGCCCGUAGAAGGUACUAUGCUAAUAGACAAUGACAGCGCGAAGAACUUGGAACUGGCUGGCAAUAUGCUCAGUAGGAAGUCUCCUCACUCGUUGUUUGGGAUUCUUAACCAUACAUGGACUGCUAUGGGCUCCAGACUCCUGAGGGUCAACUUGCUCGCACCGAUUACUGCGCAUGAUGCUAUUGAAGCUCGUCUGGAUGCUGUAGAAGAGCUUGUACAAACAGAAGAUAAAUUCUCCGCAAUUAAAGACGCGCUUCGUACUGUCAACAAACUGGACCUGGACAAACUAAUUUCUUCGCUCGCUGCUUCGGAAGCUCGUACGUCGAAUGGAUCGAAAGCUGCGUCUUCGCGCGUGUCGCAGAUGCUACAGCUGCGCAGUGUGAUUAGGAAUAUCCCUGUUGUCCGUGAUGCGGUUAAAGGUUGUCGCUCCCGCUUGUUGGAGAUUGUGUGCGAUAUGCUGUCCGACGAAAGGAUUGAGCAUAUAGAGAGUUUGAUUACACGGAGUUUGAAUGACGAUGCGAUGUUAUACAAGGGCGCUGGACUGACCGCGGUGAAUGCGCGGGUUUACGCCCUCAAGGCGAAUCAAAAUUGCCUUCUCGAUGUGGCGCGUGAGACGUACAAAGAAAAUAUAUCCGACAUAUUCCAGUUGAAUCGCGACUUGAGCGAACAACACGGUCUUCCCUUACAACUUAUUCAUCAAGAACACGGUUUUGCCUUCACACUGAAGAACAGCGAGCUUGAAGAGGCGGGAUUGACGGAGCUUCCGAAGUGCUUUAUUAAUGCGACGGCGAGAAAGGGAAAGUGGUUUUUUGAGAGUAUGGAUCUGAAAAAGAGAAACGCAAGGAUGAAGGAUGCUUUGGACGAGACUCUUCUGCUAACUGACAAAACAAUCAAGGAGAUCGUGGCUGAAGUGAUGGUGGACGCGGGUGCUUUGUACAAGUCGUCUGAAGCGGCAAAGAUUGCGUUGCUUGACAUGCUGUGGUCCUUUGUGCAUGCAUCAAUACUGAGGCCGGAAUUUACCGGCACUCUUGCCAUCAAGGCUGGUCGUCAUCCGACUCUUGAGAAGGUGCAGUCCGCGGGAGCUCUUGUAGCGAAUGAUGUAUAUUGCUGUGAAGCAUCGUCUUUUCAAUUAAUCCAAGGACCGAAUAUGUCUGGGAAAAGUACGUACCUGCGUCAGGUUGCGCUUCUGACCGUCAUGGCGAUGUGUGGAUGCUUUGUUCCAGCGGAAUACGCCAGCUUCAAGAUCCAUGACUGUCUGCUCACGAGACUCUCAAAUGACGACGAUAUCGAACGUAAUCUUAGCACGUUUGCAGAAGAGAUGUCUUCAUCGGCGAUGAUCCUCGGCCUUGCAUCUGGGGAUUCAUUGAUAAUUGUCGACGAGCUCGGUCGUGGCACGUCACCGAGAGAAGGUGUAGGCAUCGCUCAUGCCAUUGCCGAACGUCUGUGUAAAUCUAAGGCAUACGUAUUCUUCGCAACACACUUUAGCGAAUUAGCUGUUACGCUUUCUCGUCAGCCGUCAGUUGUCAAUCUUCAUUUAUCAGUGCAGAAAUCAAGACCCUCGUCUUCAAGCAUGGGAUUAUCGUUCCGCUACAAAGUCGUUGAUGGUGCCCCAGACAAUAUCGAACAUUAUGGACUGGAACUAGCUCGACUUGCUGACUUGCCAGAGGAUGUUCUUACGGAAGCUCGGAGAGUUUCUUCGCGCCUCUCGGAGAUGGAGACGAAUAAUAAGCAACAAUGUGAAGGAAAUCAAGUGGCUAUUCGUCGGAAAGCAAUGCUUCGACUUCGUACACAGUUAACGCAAGCAUUGCAUCACUCUGCGUUGCCGGAGCUGGAGCUUGUGGAGCACUUAGCACGGUUGCAACGCGAGGUUGCGAGUGUGUUGCGUGGGACUCUCUCGUUUGAUGAAACGGCUUCUUCUUCUGCUUCGCCUGGCAAGGAAUAA